AUGGGUUCUGCUGAGGGCAAGGCCAACCUUGACAUUCAGAAUGUGAAUCUCCAGACCCCAUUGCAUUUAUCAGUAGAGAGGCAGCACACACAGAUUGUACGGCUUUUGGUGAGAGAGGCAUGUAAUCUUAACAUCCCAGACAAGGAUGGUGACACUCCCCUCCAUGAAGCACUAAGGCAUCACACACUAUCACAGCUGAGACAGCUACAGGAUAUGCAAGAUGUUGGCAAGCUCUUGAUGGGCUUGGGGACUCAAGGUGCAGACAAGAAGUCCAGUGCAUCCAUUGCCUGUUUCCUGGCAGCUAACGGUGCAGACCUGAACAUCAAGAACAAGAAAGGCCAGUCUCCCCUGGAUCUCUGUCCAGACCCUAACCUCUGUAAGGCUCUUGCCAAGUGUCAUAAGGACAAAUCUAGUGCUGGUAUGACCCCUGCCUCUUCCAUCACACUGCGCCAAGACGAGGAGUCUCUUGAAGAAUGCAUGGUGUGUUCAGACAUGAAGAGGGACACGUUGUUUGGGCCAUGUUGUCACAUAGCUACCUGUAGUUUGUGUUCACCCAGAGUGAAGAAGUGCUUGAUGUGUAAAGAACAAGUGCAAUCCAGAACCAAGAUUGAAGAGUGUGUUGUGUGUUCUGACAAGAAAGCUUCAAUUCUUUUCAAACCAUGUGGACAUAUGUGUGCUUGUGAUGGUUGUGCUGCUCUGAUGAAGAAAUGUGUUCAGUGUAGAUCCUCCAUUGACAAGAUGAUCCCAUUCAUUGUUUGUUGUGGAGGGACACCACCUCCCACCGUCACACCAGCUGGAAAGAAUGAAGUGCUGAACAAUGUUCAUGAUGUCCAGAAAUUACAGCAACAGUUGCAGGACAUCAAAGAUCAGACUUGCUGUCCAGUCUGCAUGGACAGGCUGAAGAACAUGAUCUUCUUGUGCGGCCAUGGCACUUGUCAGCUGUGUGGAGACAGGAUGUCAGAAUGCCCCAUCUGCAGGAAAGGAGUGGAGAAGAGGAUCCUUCUCUAUUAAAAAAUACAGCAGCAAUGCUGGAGCCUGUUUCACAACUCUUCUUGUGACCAAAGUUACCGUUUUUACAACAUAGACAAAUUAGGAUUUUUAUGUCAUACAUAAGACAUGGACUCUUAGCUCAAUUUUAUUUAUUUCACCCACAGACUUGCUAUAAAAUAUAGUCGGAAGUGAUAUUGUCUUAAAGGUGACACUGCAGGAACAGGUGGUUCUUAGUGAAGGUUAAACAGGGUUAAAUCACCUCUUAGGUGAGACUAGUAUUGUUGUUGUAAACUUACUGAACCAUAAUACUUGGAGAAGUUUGAAAGUGGAUGAUGAGAUUAAUUAUUGGAUAUGGUGUCAUAUUUAGAAAUUGAAACUGAAAUUAUAACAACAUUCGUUGCCAAAUAGAAGAGUUCAGCAUUCAAGCUCAUCUUUCAAUGUAGUUUGUAAAAGUAUUUGAAUUUUUUUCUUUAAAACACCACAUUAAGUGUAAUUUUAUAUGUCAGUGAUGUUAUUGCAGCUAGUUAAAAUGUUUUCAUUGUCAACCAGUCUCCCUGGUUAUUCUUGGGAGUAUUUUGAGGAAAUAUAGUGACUUAAUCAUGUGUGUUAAGUAAUCUCACCUCCAACAUUUAGUUACAUAUGAGUAAACGUGAAAUAUUUUAUAUGAAUUUUGCUCGACUCAUUGUUUAAACUACAUACCUCCAUUAAAAAAGUGUUAUGUUCUCAGAGAUGAACUUAUCAUAGAGCUGUCCCAUCACACUGACCAUUUACUUUUUUAAUGCACCAUAGCAAAAUGGUUUAUGACAUUUCCUUAUUCUAUUUAUAUAAUGCAUGUUUGAAUUCUUCAAGUAUGACCUUUCCUACCCAUUUUUGAAGGGAACAGUGCAAUCAGAGUUAAAGGAAUCCACAAUGCAGAAGUUUAUAGAACAAGCAUGGACUAAAAGAAUUGGGUACUUUGCUUGACUUAAGGCAAGUGUGUUAUAUAGCAUGUAAUAAAAUUAUAAGAAUUAUAGAUUAAUAACAAGCAAUGUUGCUUAUAAUUGUAAACUUAUAUGUGAAUAUUAUUGUAUUAUUUUAAUAUGAGUGACUAGGACCUUAGUCAUGGAGAAAUUGUCUGUAUUUGACAGAAAUGUGCGUGAACCGGGUAACAGGUUGCCAGUAAUGUAAAAAUAUGCCAAUUAUUGAUACAAUAAAAAGCUUUUUAUUAAACACAAAACAAGAUUUUGAUUUUGAUCUAUUUUUAUUUUGACCAGUAUUUACUUACAAAAUAAUAAUAAAAGCAGAGCAUGAAUGAUUUGUCAUGCUAAAGAAUUGCUGGUACACUAUGAUUUCUCAAACAAAUGGCAUCUUCACUUUAUCAACAGUAUCUUUGCUCCACUUUGAGAAGGAAUGUGCUAAGUCAGAACCUGUGUCCAUGAAAACAAUCAACAGGUGAGCCAUUAAUUUCAUUAUUUCAAAAUAACUGAAAUGCAGCAAAAAAAAAAAGAA